AUGUUCCGCGCUACUCGCCCUGCCUACUACGCCGCCCAGGUCCUCAAGGAGUCGACCGGCAUCACCGGCCUGGCUGUGCACCCCAAGCCUCUGCGCGCCCUCAAGGCCAUCUACGGCGAGACCCUCACUGCGCUGAGCGCUCUCCCCGCUACCUCGGUGUACCGCCAGGCCACUGAGUCGCUCACCAACCACCGCCUUUCGGUCGUCGAGAAGGCCGGCGAGGACAUUUCCGCCGUCGAGAAGGAGCUCGCCCUCAUCGUCGAGGUUGCCCUUGAGGAGGCUACUGCCGAGCACAAGCUCGUCGGCAGCAUGACCGAGUGGAAGGCAUGGGACUCGCUCGAGGAGAAGCCCCUCCCCAACCAGUGGCGCUACUUCGACCCCACCGGCGACUCGCUCUAA